ACAUUUUCUUGGGUGGCUGUGUUCAUCAACAGGCUCGGUUACCAAGGCUUUCCUUUCCAAAAUAAUCUCCAUUUUCUGAGGAAAUUUUAAAUUAGGUAAGCAUUAAAUCCAUUUUAUUUCUCGCUUGUUUUAAUACAUCCUACAUAUAUUUUUGCGUAUUUUGAAAGUCCAAUGCUUCAACUGUUAGUCUACGUUCUUAUUUUGUAAAAUUAUCCUCUAGAUCGGUCAAAAAAGCGUCGUAUUUUGAACCGUCUUAACAACAAUGGCGAAGUCUAAGAAUCACACGGCACAUAACCAGUGUAAGUUUGUACACAGUUUGAUCAUCUUUGCUUUGUGUAUUGAUCGUUCUUGGCGAUAGACUACAAUAUAAAUACCAGCUUUUAAUACUGUUACACAUUUAACCUGAUUUGAUGUUUAUUUGAUGGUUUAUCUUAAAUUUAUAUAUAAAAUAUCAUUAUUUAUAUGUUAAAUAUCAUUAUUUAUAUAUUAAAUAUCAUUUGGAAUUUUACUGCAGCAAAGAAAUGGCAUAGAAAAGGCAUCAAGAAACCAAAAACGCAGAGAUAUCCAUCUUUGAAAGGAGUAAGUGAUUGUGAAAACUGCUUUAAACCAGAUUGUAACAUCGUUUGCAUCAAAGAAUGACAAGAUCAGGCCUUAAAAUAUCGGUCGGUCACCGACAUUGUCCGACCCAUUUGUUAGAUUGUCCGCCGUAGUGAGGAAACCAUCGAGCAUUCUGUCCGACUAAAGUGAAACUGAGGUUUAUUGUUUGUCCGACCCGAGUGUAUUGGUGUCUGACCCAACUGUAGCUUUGUCCGACGUAAAUCAAAUUGUACCCCAGACCAUGACUAGAGACUUGUAUGUUAAAUGGAGAAUCAGAGUAAUGUAUAAAAGCUGAACUGGAAAUGUUGUUUUAAUGUAAUUGAGUGCUGGGUGGCGGGCAAAAUGGUGAAGAGAGAAGUGGAAAACAGGCUUAAGUCUCGAAAUCAAUGGGAAGAUCUCAAUUUGGAUGACAGGCCUCCGUGCUUAAAUAAAUUUCACUAUCACUAUAUGUCCGACCCAAAUUCACUGUCACCUGGACAGAUUUAAUUGAUUUUUCUCCAUGGGGGGAAAUUGGAAGUUAACACCCCCCCCCCUCCUACCCCCCCCAAAAAAAAAAAAAGAAAGUGGUAAAACACUUUAUUAUUUUAUUCUGCCUAAUGUCAAACUAUUUUACUUGUCACGGGGGGAGCACUAGCGCUCAAUAUAAAAACCAUGUCAGAUAUUGAAUAAUGCUCAAUUUCCUUUCCAGGUUGAUCCUAAAUUUCUCAGAAAUAUGAGAUUUUCCAAGAAGCACAACAAGAAAACACAUGCAGAAAAGAGUUCUUAGAAAGAUUCUUAGAUUUUGUAUGUAAUGUUGUUGAAUAAACGUAAAUAACUAAUAUAUUGUGUGCG